AUGGGGGUGAAUGAAUGAAUGAAUCUAUGGUACUGUGGAGUUAUGAAGGGGAAAAGCACCAACAUGUCAUUCUGCUUUGAGAGGGAGUCACCUGCAUUGAAGCAAAUCCUCCUCAAACUAUACCAUGCUGAAAAGCCAGUGCAGACCGAUCAUCACUUGUAUGAAUUCGGGUCAGUGGAGUACUAUGUGCAGUCCUCAGCUGCUGAUCCACACCACAGCUUCUUGUCAGUGCUCACUCCACUGCUCUCCCAUUGGGAGAUUCCAUCCAAUGGUCCACUCUCCCCCUACACUAUCCAAAUGGUGAAAGAUAUUUGUUCUGAAUCUGCAGAGGUCGUGGAGCCUGCAAGAGAAGGAUACCACCUCACUCUAAAACUGAACUUUUCUAUGAUUCCCAAGAGCAAAGAAUCAGAGAAAGUGGUGAGACGAAUUGCAUCAGUGCAAGCCGUGAUAAUAAGUUCACAGCUGAAAGAAAUAUUUCGCGGUGUCGAUUCCCAUGGAACGUUUCAACCCAUCAAACUUGUUUAUUACCCAAGAGAGCCCUUCUACCUAAUCAGACAGCCGCAGAAAAUCACUGCAGUGUUCCCUAUGCGAUUUAAGGAACAUUCAGAUGUCGUUAUUGCAACAGCAUUCUUCCAGGAACUUAUGGACGUGGGAAGUUCAGCAAAAUGGGCCAAAACACCCACCUGCACCUGGGCGCCUAUACCGCCGCCAGAACUGAGGGGAGAGUCGAUAGAAGAUUUGAGCACCAACGGCGGUUUCGUCAGUUUUGACAUAUGUUCACGCCAUGUUGAGGGCAAGAAGCUAGAGAAAACUGUCUGGACCCUGUUAAACUUCUAUGCCUUCGUCAAAAACCACAUUAAGUGCACCAGAGGUUUGAUACAGAGGAGGAUGCAAAAGCGGUUGGAAAGUCUGGUUGAGGUCCUGCACAGAGGAGCUGUGGAAGAGGACAACAGGGUUAAAAGGAGAAGAGGAGGCCGAUACAUCAGAAAACUUGUCAGCUUAUCGAAGUUUAAAACACUCAAAAGAAGAUGCAGUGACAUUGUUAACAAGAUCAAGCGCUUUCACUAUAGAAUCAAAAUCCACGGAUUCAACCGCUUUCGCAGACGAUGGCUAACCUUGCCAAAGUUUUCUUCUUCAAGGGGGUACAGCAGGCUGGAGUAGCUCAGUAGCUCACUUUCACCAUUGAGAUACCACCUGAGUUGCUGUUUCCAUAGAGCUAGCACAUUCUCCACACAACUCAAUAGCUUGCAGAUUGGAACAAUCUCCACAUGAAACAACCUGUGUAAAGUUGGUGACUUGGUGUGUAAUUCACUGCCAUAGAAGCGAAAAAAUGGACGGUUAGGAU